GCUGCAUCCCACACCACGAGUCAUUCAUCCUUUUGCUGUUGUGCUUGAGCAAUGUGUCCUUGUCAAUAUAUUUGACAGAUAACAGCUGGUGAUAGCACUGAUGCCUUUUAACUCUGGUGGUCCAAGACAGAUAUCUGCAGCUGAGUUCAAAGUGCCUCUUUGCUCCCCAUUGACUGGAAUGACAAGCUCAGAUGAUGAGACAAAAGUUGGGUGGUAAAUCCCGAUUUUGGGCCCAGAUGGUAAAAUGAUGGGCACUAGCUACAGCAGUUAAUAAUUUUUGGUUUCAUUAAAUCUUCUCUCUGAAGGCUUUGAAGGACCUUGCAGAGAAAGUUUUGUAGUGUUUCAACCCAAAGUUUUUGUAGUGUUUCCUGGCAUCUUGAUUGUAUUUGUUUCUGUUUUCAGCUGCUUAAAAUAAAUCCUGAGGUGCUGUUUUUUUUUCUGGUGGGGUAUUUUGUUUCACUUUCUAUACAGUGUGGUUCAUAUGAGCUGAACUUUCUCUUUAUAGCUUCACUUGUGAAUAUGGUUCAGCACCCAGGAAUGCCUGAGCUCCUUUCCAUGCCGUAUAUAAAUAGUGCACAGUUAUUUCACAGUUUCACAUUCAGCUUGCAGGCUUCCAACAGUAUUCCCAAACCCCUCUCUACUCCCAUAGCAUUCAGGUUCUUGAUGUGACUCAACAUCAAUUACAGCAGAGGUUUAUCCCAGGCCAAGCAAGCUCUGAUUUGUGACUCCUGUGCAUUCUCAUCCUCGUUCCCGGCGGUCGGCGUGAAGUCAGCAGUGCUCAGGGCUGCUCCUGUGGGUUUUCCCAGCCCUGUGAUGAGUUCAGCUCUGUGGUUAAGCCGACAGCUGAGUUCCAGUACCUUGGGCACGUCCAGCAGUGCUGGCUCAGUCCGUGGAAGGAAGUCAGAGAGGCUCCAGCUGGAUGGAUAACUAGCGGCCGGCGUCCCGCUGCCCGACGGAGAUAAGGGGCUGGUCAAAACCAGGGGAAUUUUUAGACUCUCUCCCAAGUGUUGCCUGUCUUUUGUUUGGCACAGGACUUGUCAUGUCUCCCUUCCUGCGUAUUGGUUUGUCCAACUAUGACAGUGGCCCUUACCUGCCGUCCCAGGGGGAGGUGAUUAACCCCUACUGCGCCGUGAUGGUUAAGGAAGCCGUGGAGUCAGAGAAUGGCCAAGUGUAUGUGCAGAAGAAGCCCACCAUGUACCCACCCUGGAACAGCACUUUUGAUGCCCACAUCAACAAUGGCCGGGUCAUGCACAUUGUGGUCAAGGACAAAAGUGCUGAAAUGGUCUCAGAGACCACAGUGGAGCUGAAGGUGCUGGCAGAGAGGUGCAAAAAGAGCAAUGGGAAGACAGAGAUAUGGCUAGAACUGAAGCCUCAAGGGCGAAUGCUGAUGAAUGCAAGAUACUUCCUGGAAAUAAGUGAUGCAAAGGACCUGGCUGACUGUGAGACUGAAGGCUUCUUCUCCUUGCACCAACGCAGGGGAGCCAUCAAACAGGCCAAAAUCCACAAUGUCAAGUGCCACGAGUUCACGGCCACCUUCUUUCCACAGCCCACCUUCUGCUCUGUGUGCCACGAGUUUGUAUGGGGUCUGAAUAAACAAGGCUAUCAAUGCAGACAAUGUAACGCUGCCAUUCAUAAGAAGUGCAUUGAUAAAGUAAUAGCCAAGUGUACAGGAUCAGCAAUCAAUAGCAGAGAAACUAUGUUCCACAAGGAGAGGUUCAAGAUCGACAUGCCCCACCGCUUCAAAGUGUACAACUACAAGAGCCCCACCUUCUGUGAGCACUGUGGCACCCUCCUCUGGGGCCUGGCACGGCAGGGGCUGAAGUGUGACGCAUGUGGCAUGAACGUCCACCACAAGUGCCAGGCAAAAGUAGCAAAUCUUUGUGGAGUGAACCAGAAACUGAUGGCUGAAGCUCUGGCAAUGAUAGAGAGCACUCAGCAGGCUCGCUGCCAGCGCGACAGUGAACAGAUCUCCAGGGAUGGACCUCUGGAAAUCGGCUUUCCUGUUCCUGUGAAGGAUGUGACACCACUUCAGGCCUUGCCAGCAUCAGGAAAAAAAGAGCCACAAGGCAUCUCCUGGGAGACUCCAGUGGAGGGCACAGUGAAGGGAGAAUCUCUCAUAGAGUCAGACUUGGGAGAACAGUCCCAGGAACAGCAGGAGCACCAAGUGCAGUUAAAACUGACCAUUGAAGAUUUUGUCCUGCACAAGAUGCUGGGGAAAGGCAGUUUUGGCAAGGUGUUUCUGGCCGAGCUGAAGAGCACAGACCAGUAUUUUGCUGUGAAAGCCCUGAAGAAGGACGUGGUGCUGAUGGAUGACGACGUUGAGUGCACGAUGGUGGAGAAGAGAGUCCUCUCCUUGGCUUGGGAGCACCCAUUCCUCACUCAUGUCUUCUGCACGUUCCAGACCAAGGAAAACCUCUUUUUUGUGAUGGAAUACCUCAAUGGAGGAGACCUCAUGUUCCACAUCCAGAGCUGCCAUAAGUUCGACCUUCCCAGAGCAACGUUUUAUGCUGCUGAAAUCAUUUGUGGGCUCCAGUUCCUUCAUUCCAAGGGCAUAAUAUACAGAGACUUGAAGCUGGACAAUGUCCUCCUGGACAAUGAGGGGCACAUCAAAAUUGCUGACUUUGGGAUGUGCAAGGAGAACAUGUUUGGAGAUGCAAAGACAAGCACUUUCUGUGGGACUCCUGACUAUAUUGCCCCUGAGAUACUGCUGGGACAGAAGUACAACACCUCUGUGGACUGGUGGUCCUUUGGUGUCCUCCUGUAUGAGAUGCUCAUUGGCCAAUCCCCUUUCCAUGGCCAAGAUGAGGAGGAGCUUUUCCAGUCCAUCCGUAUGGACAACCCCUUCUACCCUCGCUGGCUGGACAAGGAUGCAAAGGACAUUUUGGUGAAGCUUUUUGUAAGAGAGCCUGAGAGGAGGCUGGGAGCGAGAGGGAACAUCCGCCAGCACGCCUUUUUCCGGGAAAUCAACUGGGAAGCUUUAGAAGAGAGAAGGAUGGAGCCUCCUUUCAAACCAAGAGUGAAAUCUCCAAGUGACUGUAGCAACUUCGACAAGGAAUUCCUAAAUGAAAAACCCAGACUGUCCUGUGCUGACAGAGCACUGAUUAACAGCAUGGACCAAAAUAUGUUCAGCAACUUCUCUUUUGUGAACCCUAAAAUGGAGAAAAUAUUUUCCUGAGAUCUGCCUUACUGAAGGAAUUGUUUGUAAUGAUUUGAGUAGCACUUUGUCAACUGAAGACUGUGCAUGGUUGUUUUUAUCAAGAACCCUCCAGAAAGAAAGCACCUCAGUGAAAGUUUGUACCAUGCCUGGAGGCUUCUGACUUGUUCCAGUCCAUAGCAGAUGCCAGCCCACUCUUCAUUGAUGAUAAAGUUUCUUUGUGGUAUCUUUUGGUCUCUCUUCUCUCUCUCCCCAAUGUUCUUGAAGUUGAAAGCAUCUGAAAAUGAGGAGGUGCCAAAACCUGUUCCCCACUACUUGUACACAUCCAACAGGUUUCUCUGUAAGGAAAAAUGAGUAUAUUUGAGCUUCUGGUGAUGUCAGUGCCCAUUUCUGCAACUCUGACCCAGACCCCACCUUCUUCUGAAGGAAAAGUGGUUUGCUCAAGGCCUGAGGGUAUCAGGGAAGACUCAGGUUGGAUGCUUUGGUUACCUCCACUUGUACAUGUGCAGAAUUGCCAAAGUGUGCACAGCUUUGAAAAAGAAAUUUGCUCCCUACACCCUUUAAAAAUGCUGUUCACAGGUGUUAGGACACAAUUUUUCUCCAUGGGACAAAGAGACUUUUUUCAGAUGCCCAUUCCACCAUCUGCACAUCUCAGUGGAUUGUUACCAAAGGGAGUGCCAAGAUGGGUGCAGAAAACCAGAGGUUUACACUUAGUGCCUGAGCAGGAAGGAUGGGAGGUUGCAGAAUGUUUCAAGAACCCUGUUCUAAAGCUUUGAGUGUCUUCUGACACACCAGACUCAGGGCAAGAUCCCGAUGGGGCUUUCUGACAUUUUACCCUAAAACCACAUGAGAAAAAUGCAACAUGUUUCCUCAAACCACUGUUAAGGCAUUGCAAAAGUGGCCUUGCAGUCACAGAAUUAGGGUAUUUCACUUGAAAGGUACUAACUGGUCCUGCAAAGGCUGAUCUACUUUCUGUUUCUCUAAAUGGUGUCCCAGCUCUUGGGCACAGAUCAACGAGCUGCACACGAUGGUCACAGGGCAGCAGGCACAUCAAGUGAGGGUGGCCCUCACCCCCACCUUGUGACAUUUUGCCGUGUGUUCUAGCCCUUUGCAGUCUGUGGGAAUGUGGGUGGGUUUAAAAAAAGUCUUUUCCGUGAUCCUUUCAUCAUGGGAUCCUUUUAAAUAAAGGUGCACUGUUUUCUGAGGUUGGAGAUUUGUGAAACCACCCAGUUACUGCUUGUCACUGAGAUACCCGUGCAAAGCUGGGUCAAAAUCAAGUCAGAGCCUAAAAAGAAGAUUUUGUAAGACCUUGGGCUUAGGCAGUCACUCAAGUUGGUGUUGGGAUCUAUUUGAAGAACAUACAUUUGGAGCUUUGUUUCAUCAGCCUCCAGUCCAUGGAGAAGAAAAGCUCUAGCAGGUGAGUUAUCCCAAAAUCAGGUCCCCUUCAGAGGUGCCUUCCCUGGUUCUGCUGGUCCAGGCUGUCAAGCUGGACCUCCCAGCAGGAUGAAUGCAGCCUUGCAGGCAGUGCUGGGAUAUCACUGCCAGUGACUGCAGGCACAGAAUCCAGCAGGAGCAAGGGCUGAAGUGCCUGAAGUCAACAAGAAGAGCAGAACACCCUGAGAAAGGUUUCAGUCCAGUGACUCUGAUGAAAUCCUUGUUUGUGCUGUAUGAAAUGCAGGAGGGGGCAGCUGUGCUCGCAGUUUGUGGAGCUGGUCAUCAUGUUUAAUUAGAACGGUUAACAUGAAUUUUUUAAAUGCCACUGCUGUUUGUACAGUUUAAUAAAAUGUUGUGUAUAAUUGGCAAA